UGUUGUUAACCGUGGGGUCAAAUGGUGGCGACUAUGACGUUACAGGCGCAGUGGAAUUGAAAACAAGACUUUAUUGUUAUUUUACAAUGCGUUUCCAAACUUGGUCUUUAUACUAACUUUGGUCUUUACUAACUUUGGGUUUACGCUAUGGUGUAACGCUAACCUUUGAAUAUGCUUUGCUCAGCUUAGUUUAGAUCGAAAAGCAUACAAGAAUUUUACACUGUAACAAAAUACCUAAAGUCAAACUGGCCCGAGCCAGAAAGCCAUUGGUUAUGGGGUUCAUUUGGCGCAGUGGCUGUCAAUCUGUCAUAUUUGUUUUGAAACUACCCGAAUAAAACUUAUCAUAUUGAUUGAAUGAAUGAAAUUUAUUUCCUCUCUUCGGUCACGAUAACGAAGAACAAGAGAGUUGACAAAAGCGAAAAGCCGGGUAGUAAUGAUGCUUAAAAUGAGUGCAGACCCUUCGUAUUACUUCACCUACAUGAAUGAUUGUAUGAAGAAAUAUCCAUAUGGCUUUCGGACUCAGUUAGGACCUUUCAUUAAGUCCUUAAACACUUACCACCCAACCAUUGCCAAAGCUAUACUUAGUGGCUCAGCUGCAGAUGUUCCAAAAUUAAAAAGGGCUUACAAGUUACUGUUUGAAUGGUUGGGACAUGGACUGUUGGUUUUGGAGGACAAGGUUUGGUUGCGUCAUCGAAGGUUGCUCACUCCAUCAUUUCAUUUUGAAGUUCUUAAACCUUACGUAAAAACUAUGAAUGAAAGUGCUCAUGUUAUGGUGGAAAAUUGGUUAAGCAAAACAUCUGACAAUAAAGUUGCCAAGGUUGAAAUAUUUCAUUAUGCAAGCCUUAUGACAUUAGAUACAACUCUUAGGUGCUUAAUGUCUUAUCAAUCUAACUGCCAAGAUGAAAACUCUACAAAUGAUUAUGUUGCAAAGAUAUACGAGUUAUCUGAAACAAUUGUGAGAAGGCAAAGGAACUUGAAUAUUUUGAAUCGAAUUGACCCAAUUUAUAAUGUAACAAAGGAAGGUCGCAAGUAUCUGAAACUUUGUGAUGAUGUGCAUAAGUUUUCCGAAUCAGUUAUCAAUCGUAGAAAAUGCGACAGUGAGCAACCUGCACACAAUGAAACACGGAAAUAUUUUGAUUUUCUUGACACACUGUUGAAAGCAAGGGACAGUGAUGGAAAGGGGUUGUCAGAUUCUGAGAUUCGCGCCGAAGUUGACACUUUUAUGUUUGAGGGCCAUGAUACAACUGCUAGUGGAAUUUCAUGGACAUUUUAUUGCUUAGCCAUGCACCCUGAACAUCAGGAAAAAUGCUUUAAAGAGAUUGAGAAAGUUAUGGCUGACCGUACUGAUAUAGAAUGGAAUGAUCUGUCCAACCUCCCUCACCUUACAUUAUGCAUCAAAGAAAGUUUGCGCCAAUAUCCACCAGUUCCAAUCAUUUUCCGUAAACUUAACAAAGAUAUUGAAGUUGAUGGGAAGACCAUUGUGAAAGACACCAAUGUGGUUCUACAUAUUUAUGCAUUACAUCAUCACGAGGAGUUUUGGAAGGAUCCUCAUAUAUUUGAUCCAAGUCGGUUCACGCAGGAUAACAUGAAAAGCAUGAAUAGUUAUGCUUAUGUACCUUUCUCUGCUGGCCCAAGAAACUGCAUCGGGCAAAAAUUUGCGAUGAACAAGAUGAAAAUUGCGGUUGCUCAGGUGUUAAGGCAAUUCCAGAUUAAACCAGAUUUGACUAGAACGAUCAAGCGUUCAGCGGAUAUGAUUUAUAAAACAACAAGUGGCCUCUACUUGAACAUUGAGCGCAGAUAUUAAAAAUCAAUGCAAAUUUUGUGAAUUAUAAAAAUUAAUAAUAUUUUUGACUAAAUGGCACAAAAAUCAAGUCCAAAAAUUAGGAUUCUAUUUAAAUAAGGAACUGACGGUGCCAUUUAGGCGAAAUAUAUAUGUUGUAUCAAACAAUUGGUUGGACUUAAUUUUUGUCUGUUACGUUUUUAUGGAACCAGAUCCUUAACAUUUUAAAAAUCUGUGCAUUUUAAAUAUCAUUGUUUUAAUCAGUCAUAAGCAUCAAUAACUUUUUUCUUUAUCCUAUUAUAAACCUCAAAUUUGUUUUUAAUUGAUAUUUUUACUUUAAGCCUUUAAACUAAUUGUUGUUUUUAGACUUUUUCGUAUGCAUUUUUUUCAUAUAUAUUUUUUGUAAGUUUUUAACUUUAAGAAGUUUUUGAUUCGUUCUUUUACAUUUGCAUUCAAAUUAAUUAUUUUCUGUAUAUCUUUAUAUGCACAUUGAAAAUGGUUAGUUAAAUGUUAAUAGCUGUUCCACGGGUUCAUACUUCUUAAUGCCAAAUAUCACACAACAGACACAGUGCCAAUAAAUGGUGUAUAUAUAUAUUUAUAUUUACAUCUUACAUGUACAAAAAAAUUAACCUAUAUCACCAAUCUUUGAUCUGUGUAAUAUGUUCUAUGAAUCCAGCCAUGAUUCGGAUCUAAUAAUGUUGGAUUAUUCUCUUUGCAAUAAAACAUUUUUCAUCCUGAUUAAGUGCUACAAAAUUGACAAAAAUCAAGUUAAAUGAUUGUUAACUAUGUUAUUUCGUUUCGAAAAUCGCCCAUCUUUAUGCCCAUCAUAGGGUCAGGUUCACAGAAUUUAUCACAGUCACACCAAGUUUUAAAGUGUUGUACACCACUUGCAUGUGUUGAUUAUUUUCAUUGUUGCGUAUACCAAGUUUCACUGCUUUAACUUUCACCUACAUUGAAAAUACAACUGCUACCUCACUCACAA